AUGCCCUCCAAGUCGGAUGUAUCCUUGGCAUCUUCGACGACCGAUUACGACCACAAUAACCCUUCCAAUUAUCACAGAAAGGGUGCAAAGCCAAAGCCUUUCACGAUCCUGGGCCGCACAAGAUCUAUACGCGACAAGGACAGCCCCAGCCCAAAGGAGGUGGCUGCGCCGAAAGUCGCAGAACCCGAACGGGCAAACACUUUUGCUCCUCUGAAGACUGCACCCGUUCCUCACGACCGGUCAUUCAGGGACAUGAUGUCCUCAGCCGCACGCAACCACUCGGCUGAUCGAGCCCAGCCACGAGACAUGUCGGGCACGAGAGGUGGCCACAACGAGAAGGAGUACAGUAGGACUCAGCCGUCAUCAUACAAGGAGAACAACGGACCAUCCUUCUUCAGCGGUCUCAAGUCAUCAAGGGCAGCAGACAUGAUCAGUAAGGGCUUGUUUGGCAAAGGAACUAGAAGUGGGAGUACCACGGAAAGAGAGCCCGUGAUUGAUGACGAACAUUAUCAGUUGAAGGUCAUCAAUCUGCCCCUUGUUGAGCAGACUCGCCUUACUAGGAUAUCAAAGCGCUUGGAAGACUCUCGCGACAAGACCGAGUUUUGGAUGCCUGCCUUCCCGUGGAGAGCCAUCGAUUACCUCAAUUACAAAGGCUGCGAUGUCGAAGGCUUGUAUCGUGUCCCAGGAAGUGGCCCACAAAUAAAAAAAUGGCAACGGAAGUUCGAUGAGCGUGAGCAAUAUCCCUACCAGACUUUUCUUUUUUCUUUUUUCGAGACUUAUGCUGACGUGCUCGCAGAAUAUGACGUGGAUCUCUUCAGCCAGGAUGACCUCUAUGAUAUCAACAUUAUUGGCUCCAUGUUGAAAGCUUGGCUCCGAGAACUGCCCGACGAGCUCUUCCCGAAGGAGGCCCAGGAGCGCAUUGCGAGAGAAUGUGCUGGCUCUGAGACCGUCCCGCAGAUGCUCGUCGAUGAGCUGUCAAACCUGUCCCCCUUCAACUACUACCUCCUCUUUGCGAUCACUUGCCACUUGAGCCUUCUACUUGCGCAUUCUGACAAGAAUAAGAUGGACUUCCGAAAUCUUUGCAUCUGUUUCCAGCCUUGCAUGAAGAUUGAUGCCUUCUCCUUCAAGUUCUUGGUCUGUGACUGGAGAGACUGCUGGAAGGGCUGCAAGCACGAAGCCAAGUUUAUAGAGGAGGAAUACAUGCUGUUUGACCAACCUCCCCCGAGGGGCCUGGGAGAUCCUCGGAGACAGCAGCAGGAAGAGGCCAUUGAUGAUCGCAAUGUAUCCUCCUCGGACAGUAGCAAGCAGUCAACGCAUCAGACCUCUGAUCACAAAGCGAGACUCAAGAAGAAGAACGGUCCCGAGAACGGCAGCGUUGUUUCGAAUAAUUCGACCAUCUCUACUACACUUACGAUCAACAGUGGCCAAGAGACGCCUCCAAGAAGAUCAGGCGAUCUCCGCCCACUGUCACCAAUUAAACCGCUUUCACCCUUGGGUUUCUAA